AUGGCUUCCCCUAGCGUUCUCACCUUUGACGCUGAGGGUCGGGCAGUGGACUUUGAGGUCUGGGUAGAUGAUCUGCAGCUUUUCCUGCAGUGCGAUAGGGCAGACGGCCUCUCCCUGUUUGACCUAACUUCUGGUGCCUCCCCUGCCCCUGCUGGUGAUGCUGACGCCACUAUUUGCUCACAGUGGGCCACACGUGACGCUGCUGCUCGCCUUGCUGUGCGCCGCCACUUACCGACCACUGAGCGUGCACACUUUAGCCAGUACAAGAGUGCUCAGACCUUGUACGACGCUGUAGUUGCACGCUACUCUUCCCCUGCCACUGCUGCACUGAGCCGCCUCAUGCUACCGUACCUCUUCCCUGACCUUGCUGCCUUUCCCACAGUCGCUGCCCUCAUUACGCACCUCCGCACUAGUGACACUCGCUACCGCGCUGCGCUUCCUGCUGAGUUCAGCGCCAAGAGGCCCCCUCCCCCCAUGUACAUCACCCUCUACUACAUAGUCACCCGGCUCCCUGACUCUCUUCGGGUAGUCAGGGACCACUUCCUCUCUGUUUGCCCCACCACUCUCACCGUUGACCUCCUCGAGAAGGCCCUCCUAGCGAUAGAGAAGAGCAUAGUCGCUGUAGGAGCCUCUCGUGGUGACCCUCGCACCCCCGUCUUUGAGGGUCGGUCGGCGCUGCGUCUGCCGCGAGCGGGAGACGCCGCACCGGCAAGGGCAAGGGGGGCAAGGGCACUGGAGGAGCUGGAGGCGGCGGUGGAGGUGGUGGUGGAGGCGGUGGAGGGAGUGGGGGUGGUGGUGGGAGUGGUGCCGGGGGUGGCGGCGGCGACGGCAGCAGUGGAGGCGGCGGAGGCGGUGGAGGUGGCGGGGGGAGCGGAGGCAGCGGAGGUGGUGGAGGAGGCGGAGGUGGAGGAGGCGGCGGAGGCAGCGGAGGCGGUGGCGGCGGAGGCGGCGGUAGUGGAGCGAGUCACGACUCUGCGCAGAGGAGUGGCGCCGGUGGUGGUCAGCGCCAGCAGCAGCAGCGGAGUGGUGUGA